AAACGAAUAAAAAGUGAAAAUUUUACCAACAUCCAACGAAAGAAAGAACUAUCAAGCACAAAAAUAACACGACGAAAGAAUACUCUAAAGACAUCGAAAAAGCAACUAAAACCCGAAGAAACCAUUAAAACCGACGAGGUAAAGGGGCCUUUCCCAGCUAAGGAGGGUGGUAUAGUCUUCCAGCCCGUGCUUGACGCUCUUCUUGCGCGGGCCAGUCAAUGCGCUAAAAACAAACUACUUACCUAUGAAAGAAACUUUCAAAAACGAAAAAAGUUAAAAUAG